AUGUUUACGAGAAGUCUCAAUAAAUCACAAACAACAGAGAGUUUUUCUAGAAAUCGUCGUCAUAAAGGAAAAUCUUCAUUCAGGGAGCAUGCAGUAUCAAAACAUCGUCAUGAGAGAACUACUCGUAAACCUCCGACCGAAGAAAUUCCUUCUCCGAACACAUUAACCUCCUCCAUAAUAACCAUGGUCGUCGGCCGCGAUCAACGUCUCUUCGUGGGACACGAAGAUGUACUCUGUCUAUCUCCCUACUUUAAAUCCGUCUGUCGAAAUCAAUAUAUGGAAACAACCAACAAACGCAUCUCACUUCCAGACGAAGAACCCGAGAUCUUCUCCUCCGUUCUCGAAUACUUAUACAAAGGAGAUUACUAUCCGCGACUCAUGCAUAACCAACGCAAAAAUACUUGGGAGUUGGAAGGUGACGAUGGAGAAGGAAGGGAGUCGACUAUUCAUCAUCAUUCUCUUGAGGGAGAAUUAUUGAAAGAUACUGUUGUUUAUUGUGCAGCGGAAAAAUAUGGUUUGGAAGAACUUAAACUUGUGGCAUUGAGGAAACAAGGUCUUCAAUCCGGUAUUCAAUGCAGCACCAUUCUCUCAUCAGCUCGCUACGCAUAUGCAAAUACACCGGAUACAGAUUCGAAAUUAAGAGCUCAUUACCUGGCUCUUAUCAUCAAAAAUAGAAGCACGUUCAAACGAAGUGGAACGAUGCAAUUGGAGAUGUUGCAGGGAGGAUCACCUUUAUUUUUUGAUUUAUUUGUCGCGCUAGCUAAUCAUGUCGAUGAUGUUAUUGCAGCUUCUCCAAAAAGUUUCAGGACUCAUUGA